UAUUUUUCAACAACGCGUUGUGCGCAAAUGAAAAUACAGUACCUACAUAGAAAUAAUCUAAUCAGGUAUGAAGUUUGAACAACUCAUUACACAAAUCUCAAGUUCCUUUUACAUUAAUACAAUAAUAUAACCAAUUUCAUAUGAAAUAAACGUGAUUUAUAUGAUUUAUAUGGGUAUGCAAUUUGAAUUCUAAAAUUAUAAAAUGCGUUCAGUUUUCAUUUUCGCUGUUUACAUCUUACUUCACUGCAUUGGAUGUGCCUCGACAAAAAAGGUCAUCUUCGUAUAUGACAAAGUGGAUACGACGGCUUACGAUAUAGAUUGGUUAACGAAAAAAGUCAGCGAUCUUUCAACAAUUUGUUCAAACGAGGGUUUAGAUUACCAGUUUGAAUUAUCAUUUCCCUAUAAAUCGUCGAAUUUUGCAACUUCCCUAACCGAUUCCGGAACCGAAGGCAAAUCAACCUUGAAAAAUUUACUGACAUGGUUGAAACAAUCUCCUCCAUAUUCCAUAAUCUAUGUUAUGACGAAUGCUACUACGCCCAGCGAUGAGACCCCAGUUGACGAGAUUUUGGAAGAAAUACAAAUCAAGAGAACAGAGGUCAACUUUCUCAUCGGGACGAACUGUUCUUUUGAAAACGAUUGGGGAACCGACUCUCUCAAGAAGUAUGCACCGAUUACGUUGAUCAGCAACGGAUACAUAACGGGCCCCAAAUCAUUUCAAUCCGAUCAGUUUACAGAAUCAAUGCAUAUGAGGUUAACUUCGGCUUCUCUAAGGGUAAUAUUCCCGGCAGUUUUACACAAAGAUGACAAAACGUAUUGCAUGGACUACGACUCAUCUUCCGAAGCAGCAGAUAGAGUCAUGAUUGACAUCAAAUUUGAUUUAUACAAAUAUGAAGAUAUAGCAGGAAAUUUCGAUCGAAGCUUAGAAAUAAGCUCAAUGGAAUGGACCGUGUCAGUGCCAUUGACUACCGAGUGGUGCGACUCCGAUUUUUAUAAAUUAUUUGGUACGAGAGAUGAGCUACCAAGAAAAAUUCAAAGAAAAGGGAUCACCAGAAGUCAGUUCGAGUUUGAUUACGGGUUUUCCACAAAAUACGUCCGUGCUUUGAAUGAGACAUAUAGGCGACCAAUAAAAGGAAUAUCAAACAAAAUAUACGUAUCGGCGGUUGACAAAAGCUCCCACUACGAAUUCAUCCAUUUCCAGAUUAUUUUUUUGAAUGAUACUAUUCGUAAAUGUAGAACCUCUAUUUGUUUUGGUAAAGAAAUCCCUCUGCAGUCGAUACCUGGAACGGAUUUGUUUGUAGGUUCAUUUGGUUGUGAACCACCAACUUCGCAAUAUUUUUACAUAAAAGUGAAUAUUCAUACAAAUAGAGUAGACGUUUCUCGAAUUUCAUCCACUGCUAUGACUGUCGCAGAAGGGUUUGGAGAUGAACACCGUAAUCCCAUUUUUCAACGAAACCCAGGAUUUAAAACCGAGCCAGCAAGCAGUAAAUCAAAAGACAACGCAGGAAGUUACAUCAGCAUAUUCUCGCACCAAAUCAUAUUAUCCAUUUGUAUCGGUUCGCUAGGACUUUUCUUCGGUUUUGCUGCAGUUUUAGUGCGGAAAUUUUGAACUUAUGUGCUUGGAGCGCGAUAAGAAAACACUGAAACUUUUAUAUAUUAUUUUUUUUGUCCCUUCGACAAAUGCUGCAAUGCAGCUGUCCUAUUUAAAAAAGCAAAAAAAUUGAUCCUUGGCAAAUGAGAAGAGACGUAGAGAGAGAUAUGUGAAAUUAAACAAAACACCACCAAAGACAAUAUUCUCGAGUAAAAUAUCACGGUAAUAAAAACCAUUUUCCGAAAUUUUUAAAAGAAAAAUUGAUUUUGAAGCAGCAUGUUUUGAAACUCACACGACCAAAAUUUUAUAUAGAUACUCGAGUUCAUUUUUGGAUUUUUGGUCCAUUCUGAAACCGUCAGCGAGUAUUCAUAAUUUCUUCUAGAAACAUUAGAUUACGGUGGAAAAUGGAAAGUCCAAAAAUGAACUUUAGUACUACUAACUUUGAUUGGUUUUUAUCGAACACUCUCUCGACCAUUUACGUCAGUUAAUACCUGAUUACGAAAGUGUGAAAGUAAACUUCUAAGCAGCUUGUUUUCCAAACAAUUAAAAAAGUCAAUGGCCCAAUGCGUCCUAAAUGUGUGCCCAUCUUCGGAAAAAGAUAUUGUAAAUUCCGAAAUAAUUUUAAAGCACAGGUCACGUAUUCAUAAGCAAUAAGAAGUAAAAAUGGAUGAGAAUGUAACGAAUUAUGUAAUUUUUAUUAAUUAGUUUAUUCGUGACCAAUAUUAUACUAUCGGUCCACUUGUAUCUAAGACAUUUUGCUCAAAAUAUCUCACAAAGGAUCUCUAUAAAAAAAAGAAACUUUUAUAUUU